AUGGCGAAGGGCCCCUACGCGGUAGGACCGUUCUCUUCCCCGUCGGGUACAGUCACGGCGCCACCCUCGCCGCCCUCCGCGAGAUCGAUGGCCGCGCCCGCAAGAAAUGACCCGGGAGGAGAUGAUGCGGAGUUGGGGGAACUCCUGGGUGGCGGGCUCCACGACCUUGACGACGAGGGCUGGAGCCCGGAAGACGCAGACCUGAUGGCUGCCUUCCUUGAAGACGACUUCUCCGGCGAAAUCUUGUUCGGUCUGGACACCACCUCAUCUACGACCGCCGCAAGCGCCGUGUCCGACCAGCCGAGCUCUGUGCCCUCGUGUCCCAUGGCGGAUUUCGACGACCACACGCUAGAACUCCUAGCUUCUUCUGGAGUAAUCUCGGGCGCGUCUGGUGUGGCGAUGCCGUCGACAUCUGUUGGCGCCGGCGCUGACGCCUCUGAUGUCGCUACUGGUGCCAGCGAUGUGGGAGCGGCACUCCCUAGGACGCCCGCGACGCCUCCGGCCCCGGGGACGAUGCCCGCCUUCGGGCUCACCCCACCGAUCGCUGCCGACACGACGUCAGACACCAACGUCCCCCACCCACCGUCCAUCUCUUCGACGCUGCUCUUGUUCCUGGAGGAGCGGACGUUCGUUGAAGAAGAGACCGCGUUCAGCGACGACGUGGCGGUGCGGGCGGACCUGGGACGGGCCAUGAUGGCGCUCAACGACGAGAAGAAGAAGAAGAGGGAGGCGGAGAUCCGGGCAAUCCUCGGCGAUGUACGGAAGCGGCGGUCGAAAAGGAUCCGCUCGGCGGCCCUCUCCGACGUCAGGAGGAAGCGAGACGCCAGGCCGGUGUGGGACCACUUCUCCUUGAGGGAGAUGUGGAAAGCGGGUGAAAUCGUGACCCUGUGA